CAAACGGGAAAUCAUCGAAUCCAAUUAAUCGCUCAUUUCCUCAAACGUUUCUCAUUUCUGGGUUUAAUUAUUCUUCAUCCUCACAACGAUGUGGAUUCAUCGCUUCCAUUUAACUUUUUUAUUCUUCCAAUUUCUCUUCCUCUUUCCUUCAACAAUUUCAUCCAUCAGGACUAAUAUUGGCUUAGCAGUAAAUAGCUCAUGUAGGAGCACUGUUCAGGGAAGAUAUUUGUUGUCUGAUGAUAAUGGCUAUGUGUGUGAUGCUUUGUCUGUUGAUCCACUGUCUCGUUGUUGUCAUGGAAAAGGGGAGAAAUUUCCUUGUCAUGGCUGCAAUCUUGUUUUACAAUGUUGCAAUUCAUAUGAAUAUUGUGUUUCAUGCUGCCAGAAUCCUUCAAGGACCAAAAGGGAGCAAAUAUUAAAAAUUAAAAUUGCCAAGCCAGCCACUGCAGGGACAUAUGCCAGCGUCUUUGAUUUCUGUGUUGGGAGGUGUCGUCACAAUUCUGAGAGUGUUGUACACGAAAAUGCUUAUCACAGUGCUUUCCAUCAUUGCUUUUCUCUGCCAUCAUAUUCUUCAGGAGACAACAGCACACAACUAGAGUUCAGACUCAGUGGCAUUAAUGUCAUUAUUGGAAGACAAGGAGAGUCGUGUGAUUCAGUUUGCAAGUCAAAUGGACAAUCAUGUGUCCCUAACAAGAUUUUGGUCCUAAAUCACUGUGACAUUAUGCAAAAAUACUUGAGCUGCAAAGGAGGUUGCUUAGCAAGUGUUGGAACCGAUCAACCUGCUGAAGUUGCUUAUGAUGCUCCUAAAGAACUGAAUCCAGGAGCAUGCUUAUAUAGUAGCGCACAAUCAAUGGUUUCUUGUGAUGGCUCACACCCACAUACGAAGAGGCUUUGCCCUUGUGCCUAACUUGUACAUUUUCUAGGUAAUGGUACUUUUUUCCUCCCCUCUGUCUCUUUCUGAAAUCUGCUUGGGAUUGGGAGAAAAAGAUCUGUCUGGAGAAUAACGGUGACUUCAAAGUGUUCUUGUAAGAUUAGUGUAACAGGUUGAGCAAUAUCAAAUCACUACAAAAGAAAGAUUUUCAAAUCGAGAGGAUUCAUCCAUUCUAGCUUAACUAGACUAGUUGAGGAACACAUACCCUCAACCACAAAAAUAGAGGUUCGAAUUAUGUGUUGAGCUCUGCAAAAAAUAAUAAUAAUAAUUAGCGUAUGAUAUCAUUCUUUUAUAUUGAUUAUGUUUGUAAUAAUAAUAUUAACUACUUAGCAUAUGAUACGAUUCAUAUUUUUAGUUAUAUAAGCAAUGUUAUAAUUUAAUUUCGAGAGGUAUUAAAUUUA